ACAAACACCGCCUGCCUGUGUGCGUGCGCGCCUGUGUGUUUGUUUAUGUAUUUGUGCCUGGACAGUCUGUGUACAGGCUGCGCAUCAAGUGUUUGUGAAAGUUGAGUGCAUCAAUGGGGAAGACUGACUCACCUGACUGUUGUUUAAGGUGUGAUGAUGUCUUCUUGUCCACCUAAGAAGAAGCUGCGUCAGACGUCUAUCACAGAGAUGCUCAAGAAAACUUUAUCUCAGGAAGAAGAGAAGAAAAAGCACACAAGCUCUGCGUUAAUGGAGAGAGGCAGCCACGUGAAGAUGAAAUCUGCUGGAACAUCUUCAGCCCAGGGUGGCAAGAGUGUAAGAGGCAAAGAGAGGAGUGCAGAGAUGCGUGAUGUCUUGGCUAACGCAGCUGAGCAGAGGAUUCAAUCAGCAGCCUCCCAGUCAGUGAAAGCAGCCGUGGCAGACACCACUGACAAUAAUACUGAAGACAUAGAGUGGCAAGGCGUGCCGUUAUCAUCCCUGCCAUGCCUGAGUGGUGACAACCUCAACAUACCUGAUGUGGUGCCCUCCCCUGACCACACCGUGCUGGUGAGGCUGCCUGUGUCACCUGGCACUAUGCCACUCCCACAUCCAUCCUCCUACAGUGACACCUGGGAUCAGUAUCAUGUGCGGAUGCCUUGUUCUCCCAAAAGCCAGUACCCUAAGAACAAGGAUACGGUGGUUCCCCGCUGGAGUGUGAUCACCGAAGCUCUGAGCAGGAAGAUCAAGAGUGUGGAGGACUUGGAGCGAGCCGUCCUGGAAUACAACAAUCGCUACAUCUCCAAGUGGAAGUUCAGGGGACUCCAUCUUCUGCUGGAACAGGAGUUUGAGGAAGAGGAGCGUGUCAGCUUUUUCAGCAAGACUCUGCCAGUAAUGGUGCACCUGGCCCUGAGCCUGCCAGACCUGGUGACCAAGCCUCCACCCCUUCUACUGCAAGGAACCACUCACUCCAUCACACUCUCACAGAUGCAGAUUGCCUCUCUCCUAUCCAAUGCUUUCUUCUGUACCUUUCCAAGAAGAAAUGCCAAGGGGAAUGACACAGAAUAUGCCAGAUACCCAGACAUCAAUUUUAAUCGGCUGUUCUUCCACAAGGAGCAGCGGUCCUUGGAGAAGAUCAAGUGUCUGCUUCAUUACUUCCAGAGAGUCACCACUAAACCUCCCACAGGCACGGUGACCUUCACGCGGCAGGCUGUGCUACCACGGGACAUCCCCAAGUGGGAGGUGUCCCAGCAGAGCCUCCCCAACCUGCAUGUGAGCAGUGCCGGCCUCAUCGAAGAGGCGAUGGGUUUACUGCAGGUAGACUUUGCAAACAAGUACUUGGGCGGAGGUGUGCUGGGCCUGGGCUGUGUGCAGGAGGAGAUACGCUUCGUGCUGUGCCCAGAGUUGAUUGUCUCCCGCCUCUUCACACAGGUCCUUGACAAGACAGAGGCUCUCAUCAUUACAGGGUGUGAGCAGUUCAGCAGAGCCAGCGGGUACUCGUCCAGCUUUUGUUGGGAGGGGCCGCACGAAGAUAAGACUCCCGUGGACCAGUGGGGCCGGCGGCUGUGCCAGGUGACAGCCAUUGAUGCUCUUCACUUCACCAAGCAGCCUAAUAUUCAGUAUGAGCCUUUCUACAUCAACAGGGAGCUCAAUAAGGCAUUUGCUGGCUUUAAAGUGAUAGAAGGAAGUGGUGGAAUGCCCACCGGUGUGGCCACGGGAAACUGGGGCUGUGGUGCCUUCAAGGGAAAUCCCAGACUCAAGGCUCUCAUUCAACUGGCAGUGUGUGGCCACAUCGGGAGAGAUCUCGCUUAUUUCACCUUUGGCGACCGACAACUGAGAGACGAUCUAUUCACCAUGUACAUCUUCCUCAAAGAGAACAGUGUCACUGUGGGCGAGUUGAUCCAAGCCCUGCACCACCAUGGCUGCCGAGGGUGGUCAGACGGCUCAGACUUGUUUCAGUAUGUGUGUCACAGCCUGGGAGGUUCCUAUGACUCUGACACAGACCAGGAGGGGAGCAAGGACUCUGCUGAUGUUCAGGUGAAAGCAAUGCCACAUGUGAAGGAGGUGGAGGAAGCAGUGGGCCAGUCACCAGAGCCAUCACAGAUCAAGAAGCCUCCCACAGACAUUGGUGACUGCUUCCCAGAGCCUGGCCAUUCCACCCGCUGCCCUCUCAGUGAAGAGAAAAUACUACAAGUCCUCUCAGAGUGUGACCGUAUAUUUGAAAGCAAAAAGUCCAAAAAGAAACAAGGCCCAGGAUUGACCAUUGACAAAACUGAAGUCCAGAGGAAAGUGGAGGACCAAGAGAGUGAACCAAGGAGACCAGACAAAACAACACAGAAUACUAGUGAUUCCAACAGACUGAGUGAAAGUCCAAGGAAAGGAGAAGACCAGAAGAGUGAAUCAAGAAGACCAGAUAAGCAAGUACAGAGCAGUGACUCCAACAGAUUAAGUGAAAGUCCAAGAAAAGUAGAGGAGCAAAAGAGUGAGUCGAGAAGAGCAGACAAGGCAGCGCAAAACAGCAGUGAGCCAAGCAAAUUCUUCAGACUGCUUGAUGAGUACGACCGUCAGGCAAGUCAGGCACCCAAUGGGACUAGUGCCACCACCAGUGCCAGUGAACCUUGGAAGCGCUUCUCUCUCCUGGAAGAAGUCAGUCGAAAGCAUAAUUAACUACACUGAGUCAAUAGGCAUGCUUGGGGCAAAUUAUGAUAACCUAUAGUCCUGCUCCUCUAACAAUGUGGAUUGGGUGCGGCUUGUUGGGGAAUUCCCGCUGUACAGUGGUGAAGCAUGUCUCAUAGCCAGUGAUGCAGCAGAGUUCUAAUAGUAGUAAAACUUUAGCAAAUAUG